CGCUAGUAGCGUCAUAAACGCCAUCGUAAGUGCACGUCUCCAUAUUGCUCCGCGAAUUAACAAAGUAUUGUCGUGAAUAAUUCGUUUUUAAUUCUAUUCAAACGUAUUUCGCAUCACUGAAAUAUUGUGUUUUGAGUGUUCAUUGACAAGUGUAUAGUGGUGUUCAAGAUUUAAACGUGAUUUUUGUAACAACAAUCUCGUUUUAAACUUGUAUUCUCAACGGAAAGCGAUCGUGUCGGAUUCCGUUGAUUCAGUACCAUUGAUACGGUAGUCGCGAUGCUGUGAUGGUACCGGCGUCAUGAUGAGGCUCGACGCAUCCGAAAAACAGCACCGCUACCACAAUCUCCUCAACGACGACCAUGCUAAUGAAAUGCUAGAAGGCGAAGGGGCGGGUCUAGCAGCUCGCGUGGCCGAGCUUGAGGUCCGCUGCGCCAGACAGGCUGAAGAACUACUCUGCCUACGGUCCACCCUCGCUGAUGCUCUGAGGAGACUCAACGCUUUAGAAGGCAGAGCUCCACCACCCUCCACGGGUACACAGAGAAACGGAACGUAUACAGGAUCAUCAGGAACACCAACAAGAGAACUCCGGAUAAGACAACCGACGUAUCGUGAGACAGCUAAAAGGACUUCCAGUUAUGGGUCCUCCACGUCCUCGUUGCCCCAAAGACGUGGUCCACAACACCAAUCGACGGGCUCUCUGCAGUCAGACUCGCCGGCGUCUUCGUCAUCCCUCUCACCGGCACCCUCGCCCUCACCACGCGCCACGCCUGCACCACUCCACGUACCACACGCAUCACAACCAUACAGAUCCCGAAACAACUCGACCUCGAGCAAGGAGAGCGUGUCUCCGGGCGUGAACCUCACGAAACGCUGGAGCUCCACAGGGGAUUUCAACGCGCAAGGCCUCAUCGCAAACAGCAGAUUCACGACAAAGUCGUUGCUAAACUUGUAUUCUAAGCCAACACAGAAUGGAGCUAUUUUGAAACACGGCACCCACACAUGCCAGUACAAUGAAGAAGACGGUACAAUGAGGAUGUACCUCCGCGGAAGGCCAGUUGUCCUACACGGGCCCAGUGACCAAGACGGCUUGGACCCUGCGAAGGUCGCGCCCCCACCGCAAAACAAGCUCAAACUUGAAUGGGUGUACGGAUAUAGAGGCAAAGACUGCAGGAGCAACCUAUAUCUUCUGCCCACCGGUGAGAUCGUGUACUUUGUUGCAUCGGUCGUGGUGCUAUUCAACGUGGAGGAGCAAUGUCAGAGGCAUUACACCGGCCACACCGAUGACGUCAAAUGCUUGGCGGUUCACCCUAACAAGUUGAUCGUAGCCAGCGGCCAGUGCGCCGGCCACGACCGGGUUGAUGCUAGGCCUCAUGUCCGCGUGUGGAACUCCGUGUCUCUGGCGACGCUGGCGGUGCUGGGCGCCGGGCAGGCCGAGCGCGGCAUAUGGGCGGUGGCGUUCUCACGAGCGGACGGCGGAUCGCUGCUCGCUGCCAUACACGACGCGCCCGACCACGUCAUCUCCGUCUGGGACUGGCAGAGGUCGGACAAGGGACACUGCCUAGCCGAAACCAAGUGCUCCGUGGACACGGUGGUCGCGGUGGAGUUCCAUCCGCUCGACCGGAACCAGAUAGUGACGUGCGGCAAGAACCACAUCGCCUUCUGGACGCUGGACCAGACCAACGUGCUGUACAAGAGGAUGGGGAUCUUCGAGGCCCGCGACAAACCCAAAUACGUCACCUGCCUCGCCUUCAACCACAACGGCGACGUGCUGUCUGGCGACUCGAGCGGCAACCUGACGGUGUGGGGCCGCGGCACCAACACGGUGCAGCGCCUCGUGCGCGCCGUGCACGACGGGCCCGUGUUCAGCGUCGCCUGCCUCAAGCACGGCGCCGUGCUGUCCGCCGGCGGGAAGGACGGCCGCAUCGUCAUGUUCGACGCCGACGUCAACCCCACCGGCCUCGAGAAUGUGAUUGAGGGUCACUACGGGGGCGUGCGAGUGCUGGCGGAGGGGCGCGGCAGCCAGCUGUACGUGGGCACCACCAAGAACUGCAUCCUGCACGGAGACCUGGAGCUCGGCUUCUCCCCGGCCGUGCUGGGCCACGUGGAGGAGGUGUGGGGGCUGGCGGCGCACCCGUCGCUGGCGUGGUUCGCGUCGGCCGGCUGGGACCGCCUGCUGCAGCUCUGGGACGCGCUCAGCCACUCCACCGUCUGGAGCAAGGACAUCGAGGAGCGGGCGCAGUGCGUGUCGUGGUCGGCGGACGGCGGCGUGCUGGCCGUGGGCUGCCUGUCGGGGCGCUGGCUGGUGCUGGACCCGCACUCGCGCGACGUGCUGGCGCAGCACCAGGACGGUUCUGAGCCGAUCCAAACAAUCCAGUACUCGCCGGACAACAAGAUGGUCGCCCUCGGCUCCCGGGACAACUUCAUAUACAUUUACCGGGUCGAAGACAACGGCGCUAGGUACAGUCGCCUCGGAAAGUGUUUGGGCCACUCCAGUUAUAUCACGCACCUGGACUGGUCUGAGGACAGUCAGUACAUCAGAAGCAACUCCGGGGACUACGAGCUGCUCUUCUGGAACGCGACGACGUGUCGGCAGGUGACCAGCCCGUCGUCCCUGCGCGACGCGGCGUGGGCCAGCAACACGUGCCCCAUCACCUUCACGACGGUGGGCGUGUGGCCGGAGAACGCCGACGGAACCGACAUCAACUCGUGCGCGCGGUCGCGCGACGGUCGACUGGCGGCCACCGGUGACGACUUCGGCAAGGUCAAGCUGUACGCCUACCCCGUCACGCAACCCAAGUCGCUGUGCCACGCGUACGGCGGGCACUCGUCGCACGUGACGUGCGUGCGCUUCACGCAGGACGGCGCGCGCCUGCUGUCCGCCGGCGGACUCGACACCAGCCUCAUGCAGUGGCUCGUCGACUGAGCGACCACACACCAAUUACCUCCAAUAUCAUUCCAAACCUUUCACAGUACUUCAACUAGGCCGCGUGUCGUGGGGCACGUAUUAUAAAAUAAAAGCGACUUCUCCAUACAAAAUCGACUUGAUGCUCUAAAGAUGGAAUUUGAAAAAUAAAAUUAGCACUCUUAAGAUAUCCGCUUGAGGUCGGAGGUUGUCAAACUUGUGCUAAGUCACAAUCUACACGCGCCGCCGCGACAUGUGGCCGAGGCUGUAACAAACUGAAAACAGGAUAAUAAGAAUUUUAAUUAAACUGAACUUGCAUAACUUUUUAUAUAAAAGUAGUUUUGAUAACCCUAAAGAUGCCGUGAGGGCUGCUCUUGGCGAACGUAAAAGUUUAUUCAAAUAAACACUUUACGAUUAGAGGUAGAAAGUCGAAUUUUGCAAUUAGAAGCACUGUGUUGUGCACUCUGUGUAAUAUCUAAUAUAACACGUGUAAUCGAAGCCUUUUGUAUGUGAUUGUAUUCAUUAUGAUUAUAAACUUAUACGGUUGAGUUCACGUACAACUCGGUAGGAAAAUAUUUAAAUAAAAUUUUAAUUGAUAAAGCCAUUAUUUUCAAUAAAAAGCAUAAAUAAAUGGCAACACACAUUAUUUGCCCGGUCUUGUGUAUUCAUUCACGAAUAAUAAUUUUUCUCUUAAAAAUAUUUAAUUGAUUUGUAGUAAGUAUCAAAUGGCACUAAAAUAAAUGUUUUCAUUAAAAAUCUUAUCUACCUACUUAAGUUUUAUAAUCAAAAUUAAGUCAUACAACAUCUAAUCUAUUUGUUUGGAAUAAAAAACCAAGUGUUUCUGUUAACAUUAAGAUCUAUUAAUUUCAUCAUAUUCUACACAUUUUCUAUUUGAUAAUGUACACGUUAAAGUAUAUAAGGUUUGGUUAAAAUGAAUCAAAGGUUUCUAUAAGUUAAUUCAAUGAUUUCUGAGCGUGAACUCUAUCGACAUUAGCAACACAUGUUGGCCAAACUUCGACCAACGAUAAUGUAUUUAAACCCUUCGACAUAUUGGUCGCACGAUGUGAAUGCCGACGACCAAACUUGAAGGGUUUUGAUUUUGUAUUGUGCCCAUGGACCAACGCAGCGUGACCGCGGACUCUGACGAACCGAACGGUGACAGAGUAAUUAUGGAGGGUAGAGAUAAGGAGCGCCAUCUUUUAUAGGGGGGAUGAGUUGAAAAGUGUUCACCUGUAAACAGCAAAUUAUAGUUGGGAGACUCACCGAAAUAGCGCUAGUGUAGCAAGUGGAAACUAUAUGAAUAUAGCUUUUUUAAACAGAGUCAAGUGUGGUAGUUUAUGACGCUGUUUUUUUUAACCUUUCCGCUUGCUACUACAGCGCCAUCUUAAUUAGGUCCCUUUCAGUUGAUACUAUUUAAUACACAGAGCUAAUGCUCCUUAUUUCUACCCUCCAUAAAAUAAAUAAACCGCAUAUUUGUCGUCCAACUACGGCCAACAUGUAUUGCCAACAUGCAGUUUAUAUAUCGUUUAUCACAUUAUUUAACUUUAGUGUUGAAUCGAAGUGGAGUCGUGGCGACUGAUUAAAACCUUUAUUUCGAAACGAUCGCUCCAAGAAAUUAAUAAUAGAAUCCAACAAGCUCAUCUACGAACAUCUACACAAACCAAAUCGAAUCUAUGAGCAAAACGAAAUUAUUUGAUUGUCUCAUGUAAUGUUCUAAAUUACCGAGUAGACUUUUAAGAUCGUUUCUAAAUAAAGUAACUCGGAUGGAUUCCGUCGAAUUGUAAUACGCCUAUAUAUUAUUUUAUACGUUUUUAAUUAUUGCAACACUAACGUAUUUUUACACUGGCAACAUUUUGCUAAAUAAUUUAUAAUAUAAUUGAGCUUAUUGUAGCUGUACUUUAUUUAUAAGUAUUUUUUUAAAAGUAUAUCUAUUAUAAUAAUCGAACUUAAUAAGAAUCAUUGUGGAUAUUUUUAUGUUAAUUUUUAAGCCGUGGAGAUCAAGAUACAAAUUAGUUUUUAUUUUGAAUUUAGUUUUAUUUAAGUUAAGCCUUUGUGAUUUGUGAACAUUUUUAAUUUCCAUAAAAUAAUCUACUAGAGCUAGUAUGUCAUAAAUUUUAAUCAAUACACUUUUAAAUCAAUGCAUAAAUUCUUGGCAUUAAUAUUUAAUAACUAAAAAUUCAAAUUUUGAAUGUAACGGUAGAUACUAAAACAUAUAAAUUUGCGUCCACACUAACCUAUUUUAUUAUUUUUUAGUAUACAAUAAAAAAUUCACAAAUCACAUUAAUAUCGGUUGUAAGGGAGUGCUCCAGGAAAUGGCGUUCGAAGACUCGUAUACCUUUUCGGUGUUAAUUUUGCACCCAACACGAUUGACAAUUGGACCUCAUGUCUCAACUCAACGGGCUCCGAUAACCAGCUACAAACAGGUGCAACUAGAGCAACAAAAAGACGCAAUAUAACCCGGGUCGAUUCGGGUAAUACUUUGGCCUCAACGAAAUACUUUUUUUUAUUGCCCUUGUAGGCAGACGAGUAUACGGCCCACCGGAUGAUGAGUGGUUACCGUCGCCCAUGGACGUCAGCAAUGCCAGGGACAAAGCCAAGCCUCCCGACAGCCGACGCUCGGUUCAAAGCCCCCAAGUACACAUUCCUUAGUUAAGCCGGUUCGUAACCUAGUCACUAUUAAGCUUCUUUCAUUUUCUCUCAUUGUCUAGUUUAAGUUACUAAAACACAUUAAUGUUGUAUAUAUUAUUUACGAUUUUUGUCGGCUAUUUUCAACGUGCCUCUAAUAUAAUGAUUUUAUCUUU